CACCAAGUCAGUUUUGCGUGUCAUACUUUGUAUAGAAAUUGCUGCCAGCAAGACAUACUUCUGACUGCAGAUUUUUUUUCAGAUUUACAGACCCUGUCUGCAGAUAUUUGAAAUUUUUACCUGGCAUCUCUGGCUACUGCUGUCAACAGCGGUGGCACAUAGAAAAGAAGAAGAAGAAGAAGAAGAAGAAAACUUUGGUCGUUUACUGCAAUGGAAGGAACAUCAAAACCAAAGUCGGUUUUAGAACAAAAAGACUUUUUUGCGAAACUACCAUCAGUAUGCCGAACAUGUUUAAUUGAAGACAACGCUGUGGAUGGGGAACUGUAUCAGAUUGAAGAAAUUUUUGUUGAGGAAGACAUUCUCACAGAAAAGAUUCAGUCUUUCGAAGAAAUUCUCUGCUUGUUUAUAGAUGACGAUAUCAACAAACAAAGCUUUAAAAUACCAAACAGUGUAUGCCUUUCAUGUAUUGAAAAGGCUCGCUUGGCAUUCCAGUUUGUCGAAAUGUGUCGUCGCACUGAUGUCAUGUUGAAGGAAUACUUGUCAAGAGAUGGUCUAAAGUUGGAACACAACGAUUUGGAAACACAUGCAGAAGUUGGAAAUUGUGCUUUAGACGUGUCAGAAGAUGCAAAUAAAUUCUCAACCGACGAGAAAAAGCAAAAUCGGUGUGAAACAUGCAACAAAACAUUCAGUCAGUCACAGACAUUGAAUCGACAUAGGAAAAUCCAUUCUAAAGAUUCACAAUCAAGAAAGUCAUGCAAUUUAUGCAACCGUUCAUUUCUUCGAUCAGACGAUUUGCGUAGACAUAUGCGUAUUCAUACCAAUGAAAGACCUUAUGUCUGCAAUCUUUGUUCGAAAGCCUAUAAGCAAUCGAAUGAGUUGAAGGAACACAAAGCGUCGGCUCAUUCGGAAAAAGGUUUUCGGAAGACAUAUUCAUGUACUCUUUGUGAUAAACAGCUUGGUACCAGGAACGGUUUAUAUGUUCAUAUGAAAGUACACCGAGGAGAAAAGAAUCAUUCUUGUUCGUUUUGUGAAAAGCGAUUUGUAACUUCCGGUGAAUUAACAUCACAUUUAAGGCAUAUCCACACGUUUGAGAUAAAUGCAGAAGUAUUUCAUUGCAAUGUCGAUGGCUGUACUAAAAACUUUGUUACUAAAUCAGCACUCCGACAUCAUCGGAGCAACAAGCAUGCUAUUAAUGAACUCGCCAGUGCGCAAAUGUAAGAAAGAUCAUUUCAGCAUGAAAUUUUCAAAACGACGAAUAACAUUGCGGCUAAACGGAGAAAAGCUAUGUUGAAAAAUAAUCGCGAAAUAUUAAAUGCUUGUUAAAAAUAGGUAGUUAAAACAACUUUUUCUCUUCACUAAUGUCGUUUUCGCUUGAUUCCAAACCUAACCCUGUUUCCACCCUAACUGCUGUCAAACUGUUUUUUAAACAAGUUUUGAACCUAGUUUCAACGUAAUUGAACUUAAAAUCGAGUCAGUUUCGAACCUGAUUUUUAUAUCGGGUUUGCUCACACCCCCGUUGCUAAGUGCGAACCCAACUCAGUUUUGUGAAGUGUUCGCUUGAUGAAACUACGCUGAGCCAGUCUCAGUUUUACCAAGCUCUAAAAAGACAAAAAAAUUCAAUUUGUAUGCGCGCAGUGAUGAACCGUCGGGAAAAAACCUUCCAACCUGGUUUUUAUUUUUUGGGUUUUAACCGGGUUUUUUUCCCCAAGAGCUUGAAAAACCCCAAAGUUUGGGUUUUUUGUCUUUUCGUCCAAAUUAUAAACUUCCAUAAUUUUAUUUCAAAAUCUCGCUUCCCUACAUAUUUUAUACUGUUCAAAUUUCAUCACAUAAAGUUAGUUUGCAUGAUAAACUAUUGUCAUUUUGCAUUGACAGCGUGAAGUAAUCUGGGGCCGUAUGUUUAUUUGAAAAGCGGCAGAGACUAUGCGCCCUCUGUUAUGGUGGAAAACACACGCUCCGAGAACCGGAUUAUAUCAAGUUGCCAUUGGAAUUCUUUCAUCACCAACAACAUCAGCAGCGACGGAGAGAUCCUUUAGCACAUUUGGUUGGAUGCAUAAUAAGAGGUGCAAUUGCCUAACCACCGAACGAGCGGGAAAAUUAACUUAUCUUUUUUAUAAUUACAAAUUGUGCAAAGAAAUGUGGGUUCAACCCGAUAUUGCCAAAAAUUUAAGGGAUGUUGACUCAACAAAUUUUUCAAAUUCUUCGGAAAAUCAAUAAAACCUUAUUAAAUAAAUAUGAGAGUCCAGAAAUAUUA